AUGGCCAUGUCUCUGGGUGACGACACGCUGCUGUGUAAUUUCCCGAAGUGCCGGUCCAAACUGAGCGGCUUUGCGUGGGUCACGGCCUGCUCGCACGCCUUCUGCGACCAGCACGGCUCCGGCGAGUUCAGCCGCUCCCCGGCCGUCUGCCCCGCCUGCUCCUCCGCGCUCUCCGGGAAGCUGGACAUCGUCCGGACGGAGCUGUCGCCGUCCGAGGAGUACAAGGCCAUGGUGCUGGCCGGCCUGCGACCGGACGUGGUUCUGGACAUCAGCGCCCGGGCUCUGGCCUUCUGGAGCUAUCAGGUGCAUCAGGAGCGAAUGUAUCAGGAGUACAGUCUGUCACGCGCUGAGGCCCAGCUCAGGCAGAUGGAGAAGGUUUUGACUCAACAGAACCAGAGCAGGGAGCUGGAGCUCACCGCCAUGAGAGGGGAGAUCGCCUCCCUAAAGAAAGUGAUGGACGAGUACAAGAGGAAGUACAGCGAGGUGUCCGAGAGGCUGAUGGAGAGGAACAGGCAGUACCAGAAGCUCCAGGGCCUCUACGACUCCCUCAGGCUGCGCAACAUGGUGGUGGGGGGCGGAGAAAGAGACCUGCAGCCACAUAUGGGAAGCCACGACCUAAACACAGGUAAAGACACCGUUGGAAUUAGCUGA